GCUGUCCGUGUCUGCCGCGUCACGAGCAGACCAUGGAGCGCCUCCAAGCCCUCGAAGACACCAAUGCGAUCAUGGCCGCUCGCUGCGCCCAGCUGGACAACACGCUGGCCACGUGCGCGUCCGAACUCCGCUUGUCGUCGGAGAAGAUGCAGCGCAUCGAGUCCAAGUACGCAAUAGAGCGACGGCGCAACGAGCUGCAAGUCCUCGCUAUCCAAGUGCUCGAGGACGAAUUGCGGACCCUGCAGUCCUCGACGAGCUACGAAGCAAGUCGUCUUGCGUAG